AAGCUGCUCACAGAAACGGUGCGCGCCAAAACGCGUUUCCAGUUUGUUUCGCGGAAAGAGAGGGUGAAUUGUGUGUGUUUGUGUUCAAAUUCCUGGGAUUCAGUGCGACUAAACGAUUGCUGUAGUGUGUGGAGUGUAGCCGGAAAUGCCGAUUUACAUAAGAAAUCCUUCCAAAAAUGGAGAACCCAACAGCACGCUGGAAGAGUGGAGCAUCGUGGAGUUGCAGGGUGAUCUGGACGUCCGGGGCGAUCGCAUCAUGUCUGGACAGUUCAUAGGCGAUCUUCUCUACAACAAAUACGGACAACCGAUUCUUAUCAUUGGCCAUCAUAUACUGCAAGGAAGGAUGCAGAAAAUCGACAAACCACUGUUGGUGGUCGAAAAGUGCGAUCUAAACCGCCGGGAUGACGAUGAUGAGGGCGAUGAAUUGAUGCUGGACGUCAGCCAGCUGCCGAUGACGCAAGGCAGCGAGCAUGAGCUGGACUCGACGGCCCAAUCGGUCACCUCGAACCGCACCGUACUCGACUCGACCGUUGCGAUCGAGCACAAGGUGGUGCCGAAGGUCGAGUACCGGGUGCGUGCCGUCGUACGGAGCAAAGUAUUGUUCAAAGCGCGCCCCAAACCAAUCAUUGCAAACGUUUCCAAAACGGUGUAACAUUGUUGUAGUUUAUAGGUAAAAUAUAAGCUUUCUUAAAUGUACUAA